AUGAUAUUAUGCGAACGUGUUUCUAUUUUUAAUUUUUUCAUUCUCUCUUUCUUUCAUUCUCUCUCUCUCUUUUAUUCUCUCUCUAUCAUUCUCUCUCUCGCUCUUUCAUUCUAUCUCUUUCUCUCUUUUAUUCUCUCUCUUUCAUUCUUUCUCUCUUUCAUUCUCUCUCUUUUAUUCUCUCUCUCUCUUUCAUUCUAUCUCUUUCUCUCUUAUUCUCUCUCUUUCAUUCUCUCUCUCUCUUUUAUUCUCUCUCUCUUUCAUUCUAUCUCUUUCUCUCUUUUAUUCUCUCUCUUUCAUUCUCUCUCUCUCUUUCAUUCUCUCUCUCUUUUAUUCUCUCUCUCUUUCAUUCUAUCUCUUUCUCUCUUAUUAUCUCUCUUUCAUUCUCUCUCUCUUUCAUUCUCUCUCUCUUUCAUUCUAUCUCUUUCUCUCUUUUAUUCUCUUUCUUUCAUUCUCUCUCUCUCUUUUUCAUUUUCUCUCUCUCUCUUUUUUAUUCUCUCUCUUUCAUUCUAUCUCUUUCUCUCUUAUUAUCUCUCUUUCAUUCUCUCUCUCUUUCAUUCUCUCUCUCUUUCAUUCUAUCUCUUUCUCUCUUUUAUUCUCUUUCUUUCAUUCUCUCUCUCUCUCUUUUUCAUUUUCUCUCUCUCUCUCUCUUUUUCAUUUUCUCUCUCUCUCUUUUUUAUUCUCUCUCUUUCAUUCUAUCUCUUUCUCUCUUUUAUUCUCUCUCUUUCAUUCUCUCUCUCUUUCAUUCUCUUUCUCUCUCUUUCAUUCUCUCUCUCUCUUUCAUUCUCUUUCUCUCUUUUUCAUUCUCUCUCUCUCUCUUAUUCUCACUUAUCUUUUGCUCCUUCAGUUUCUUUCUCAUUCUUUUUUAUCAAUCCGUCUAAUAUAAUCUCCACAAUCCAAUUUCCCCUAAACUCGGAUGACCUCUCCUAA